AUGAAUCCUCGUUCUAAAGAAGAAAGCAAAUUAGGAAUAAAAUUGAAAUUUUUAAAUACUGGAGCCACUUUUGAUUUAACGCAAAUUCUUGCUGAAAUUCCGUUUCCACAAGAAAGUUUACUUAAUUUGUUUAACCAAGAAGAGGUUGUUAAAAACAGUCUCCAACUCGGAAAAAGUGAAAAAAAAGCCGACAAAACUAUUCCUCAGUUUUUAUUUAAUGAAAAAAAUUCUUACUUUUUACUUGGCAAACUUGGACGCCAAAAAUUCAAUCGGAAAAUGAAUGCUCUCCUUCGUCUUAACGGGCAAACUUUGGCAGAAGAUUUAAAAGACAACACAGGUAAAGUAGUUUUUUCUGCUGGAACUGUCUUAGAAGAGGAAAAAAUUUCUAUUCUCCAAGAUUUAAUUAAAGAAAAUCGUUUGCCUUUAUUCACUUUGGAAAAUUACCAAUUCUAUUCAUUUUCAAUUGUUUCGCCCCUUUCUCCGCAAAAAAAAAUUACUGUUUUAGGUCCGGCUGAAAAAGAUAAUAAAAAAGAAGAUGAAGAAAAAGACAGUUUAGAAAAUCAAGUAAUUCGCCGUAUUGGGGACUUGCUUUAUAAUAUUUUUGAUAAUAAAUUCGGAGUUUUCAAAAAAGGAUUAGAGAGUAAAUACUUGUCUACCAUUUCCCAACUAAAAAAAGCUGAUCCAGUUAAAUUACCAAAAAUCCAAGAAUUUAGCAAAUCCAGCCGAAAUUUUUUUCACUCUUCGACUUUGGUUCAACUCCAAAAUGAAAAUAAUCCCUUGGCCGAAGUUUCCCAUAUCCGCAAAAUCAGUUCUUUAGGUUUAGGCGGUUUUAAUUUAACCAAUGUUAGCCCAAGCAUUCGCAAUAUUAAUCCUUCUUAUUAUGGUCGUUAUUGUUCGGUUGAAACUCCCGAAGGGCAAAAAGUAGGGUUAAUUCACAAUUUAACUUUAAAUGCCAAAAUUGAUAAAUACGGACAAAUUCUGGCUCCGUAUUAUUUAGUUAAGCAAGGAAAAAUUGCCCCAGAAGUUGUCUAUUUAACUGCCGAAGAAGAACUAGAAAAAUAUAUCACUCAUUGCAAUAUUAAAAUUAAUGAAAAUAACCUGAUUGAAGAAGACAAAAUUUGA